AUGGCUCAGGUUAGGAUUAUUAAGUCACUGAAAGCUACAUUAUUAUCACAAUUACAUUAUUAUUAUUGGUAUUACAUCAUGACCAAGCUAAGAUUAUUAGAUCUCUUGAAUGUCAAUCAAUUAUUACUAUAUUUUGUUAUCAUAUCCAUUCAAUUAGUUCAUCAAAUUUUAUUAUAUUCCAUUUAUUUUUGA